GUAUAAAAAUGCGAAUGUUGUGGAGAGCCCAUACAGUCGAUUUCAGUCUACCAAACAAGACAACUUCAAAUCGAAGAAAAAUGUCGGCAAAGAUUGCAGUAUUUAUACUGGCUAUGAUGGUCUGCAGUUUUGGAUUGAUCAGCGCAAAGACUCUCGGGAAUCGGGAUGAGAAGUCCGGCAUUUUGUGGAUGCCAGAUCCACCAAUUAUUCAACCUCAUAUGUCGUGGGACAACAAUGAUCGUGAGAGAUUUUGGGGUUUGUUCGUUCCUUUGGUGAAAAAAGCCAUCGAGGGAAUAGGUGAUCAGUCUAAGAAGACAUUGCGUUCGCCCGAUAACGAAGAUAAUGAGAGAUUUUGGGGUUUGUUCGUUCCUUUGGUGAAAAAAGCCAUCGAGGAAAUAGGUGAUCAGUCUAAGAAGACAUUGCAUUCGCCCGAUAACGAAGAUAAUGAGAGAUUUUGGGGUUUGUUCGUUCCUUUGGUAAAAAAAGCUAUCGAGGAAAUAGGUGAUCAGUCUAAGAAGACAUUGCGUUCGCCCGAUAACGAAGAUAAUGAGAGAUUUUGGGGUUUGUUCGUUCCUUUGGUGAAAAAAGCCAUCGAGGAAAUAGGUGAUCAGUCUAAGAAGACAUUGCGUUCGCCCGAUAACGAAGAUAAUGAGAGAUUUUGGGGUUUGUUCGUUCCUUUGGUGAAAAAAGCCAUCGAGGAAAUAGGUGAUCAGUCUAAGAAGACAUUGCGUUCGCCCGAUAACGAAGAUAAUGAGAGAUUUUGGGGGUUGUUCGUUCCUUUGGUAAAAAAAGCCAUCGAGGAAAUAGGUGAUCAGUCUAAGAAGACAUUGCGUUCGCCCGAUAACGAAGAAAAUGAGAGAUUUUGGGGUUUGUUCGUUCCUUUGGUAAAAAAAGCUAUCGAGGAAAUAGGUGAUCAGUCUAAGAAGACAUUGCGUUCGCCCGAUAACGAAGAUAAUGAGAGAUUUUGGGGUUUGUUCGUUCCUUUGGUGAAAAAAGCCAUCGAGGAAAUAGGUGAUCAGUCUAAGAAGACAUUGCGUUCGCCCGAUAACGAAGAUAAUGAGAGAUUUUGGGGUUUGUCCGUUCCUUUGGUGAAAAAAGCCAUCGAGGAAAUGGGUGAUCAGUCUAAGAAGACAUUGCGUUCGCCCGAUAACGAAGAUAAUGAGAGAUUUUGGGGUUUGUUCGUUCCUUUGGUGAAAAAAGCCAUCCAGGAAAUAGGUGAUCAGUCUAAGAAGACAUUGCGUUCGCCCGAUAACGAAGAUAAUGAGAGAUUUUGGGGUUUGUUCGUUCCUUUGGUAAAAAAAGCUAUCGAGGAAAUAGGUGAUCAGUCUAAGAAGAUAUUGCGUUCGCCCGGAAUUAAAGAUAAUGAGAGAUUUUGGGGUUUGUUCGUUCCUUUGGUGAAAAAAGCUAUCGAGGAAAUAGGUGAUCAGUCUAAGAAGACAUUGCGUUCGCCCGAUAACGAAGAUAAUGAGAGAUUUUGGGGUUUGUUCGUUCCUUUGGUGAAAAAAGCCAUCGAGGAAAUAGGUGAUCAGUCUAAGAAGAUAUUGCGUUCGCCCGGAAUUAAAGAUAAUGAGAGAUUUUGGGGUUUGUUCGUUCCUUUGGUGAAAAAAGCCAUCGAGGAAAUAGGUGAUCAGUCUAAGAAGACAUUGCGUUCGCCCGAUAACGAAGAUAAUGAGAGAUUUUGGGGUUUGUUCAUUCCUUUGGUGAAAAAAGCCAUCGAGGAAAUAGGUGAUCAGUCUAAGAAGACAUUGCGUUCGCCCGAUAACGAAGAUAAUGAGAGAUUUUGGGGUUUGUUCGUUCCUUUGGUAAAAAAAGCCAUCGAGGAAAUAGGUGAUCAGUCUAAGAAGACAUUGCGUUCGCCCGAUAACGAAGAUAAUGAGAGAUUUUGGGGUUUGUUCGUUCCUUUGGUAAAAAAAGCUAUCGAGGAAAUAGGUGAUCAGUCUAAGAAGACAUUGCGUUCGCCCGAUAACGAAGAUAAUGAGAGAUUUUGGGGUUUGUUCGUUCCUUUGGUGAAAAAAGCCAUCGAGGAAAUAGGUGAUCAGUCUAAGAAGACAUUCCGUUCGCCCGAUAACGAAGAUAAUGAGAGAUUUUGGGGUUUGUUCGUUCCUUUGGUGAAAAAAGCCAUCCAGGAAAUAGGUGAUCAGUCUAAGAAGACAUUGCGUUCGCCCGAUAACGAAGAUAAUGAGAGAUUUUGGGGUUUGUUCGUUCCUUUGGUGAAAAAAGCCAUCGAGGAAAUAGGUGAUCAGUCUAAGAAGACAUUGCGUUCGCCCGAUAACGAAGAUAAUGAGAGAUUUUGGGGUUUGUUCGUUCCUUUGGUAAAAAAAGCCAUCGAGGAAAUAGGUGAUCAGUCUAAGAAGAUAUUGCGUUCGCCCGGAAAUAAAGAUAAUGAGAGAUUUUGGGGUUUGUUCGUUCCUUUGGUGAAAAAAGCUAUCGAGGAAAUAGGUGAUCAGUCUAGGAAGGCAUUGCGUUCGAGCCACAAUGAAGAUAAUGAGAGAAUGUGGCCUGCUGGCAAGUUUGGUUGGGGUGUACUGGAAAACAAGGACACAGGUGACCAAUCCGAAGAAGCAUCGCGUUCAUUUGAUGAUAACGAUCAUGAAAAGGGUACAUAUUGGACCUGGUGGAUGCGCUGAAAACGUUGAUCCUAUAGGACAGCUCUUCUUCCUGACAAUACAGACGACGACUCGAUAAUGACGGAUUCAGACAACGAAUUUUGAUUUGAAUAUUUUUUCUUGCCAAACCUUAUUAUUCAGAAUGAAAGAUUCUAAUGCAUAAAA